AUGAAGAACACGACCGGCUCUUCGAACAUCUUCGUGAUAGCGUCAGGAAAACUGUCUCGAAGAUGUCAAGAAACGUCUCUCUUCGAAGACUUUCGAGCUGAUACGCCGUGGGGUCGCGCAAGCUGCAAGCAACAGCUAAAGUCCGAACUUGCGAAGCUAUGCAGAGAAGCGAUAAAGGAAGAUCUGAAAGAGAGAAGAGCAGCAGUUUUGACUGAAACCGCUGAGGCCGCCCGCCGGAGCUUCGUCAAUUAUGAGACGAAGAUGGCUUCCCUUCGUCGUCCAUACGGAACUGUUGCUGUAUCCCGAAGGGCAAUGGAGAAGGCUAUCUACGACUUCCACUCGGAUCUCUUCGACAGCCACGAGUACAAAAUGCCGUUACGUCUUACCUUCAUCGACUUGAAGAAAGCCUUUGAUAGCUUCAAGAAAGAAGUGAUAACUGAAGCUCUAGGCAACCAGGGUGUUCCCACUCAAUCUACUCAAUGAAGUCAUCAUCAUCGUGAAGAGGAGGGCGGAAUUUUGGGCGACACCAUCUCGCCCAAAAUUUUCUGUGCCGCUCUCGAGAACGUCAUGCGUCAUGCGGAAUAAUGA